AUGCUUGGAUCCAGAGCUGCAUUGCUCCGGGGGCCGGCGCGCGCUGGCAGUACGAGGAGUCUCUCACAAACACUGCUGGCUCAAAGGCACCAAAGGAUACGGCCCGUCUAUCCCGUCAUCUGCGCCUCGCGCCAAUUCAGCCUAUGGCCGUCCUCAAAACCUUCGCCCGCGCCCGCGCCCGCACCUCCCACAGACGCGCCUGCACUUGCAUCACCAGUCCCAGAACAAGUCGCCUCUUCAGCAUCAACACCGGCAUCUCCCGCAAUAGACGCUCCCUCGCCCGACGUGACAGCCAGUCUACUACAAGAAAGCGCCACACCCGGCGCGCCCGUCUCCUCAGCCGUCGACCUCGCAGCCAACACCGUCAGCGCCGUCCCACCUCUCCAGCUGGGCGACUGCGCCGCCGCCGGCCUGACCAAACUCGGCCUCGUCUCCUUCCCCGCCGGCCUCGCGGUAUCCUUCCUCGAGUUCCUCAACGUCUCCACCGGCCUCUCGUGGUUCUCGACCAUCAUAGUCGGCACCAUCGCCACGCGCGCCGUUCUGUUCCCGCUGGGCGUGCUGCAACAGCGCAAUACGGGAAAGCUCGCGCCGUUCCAGCCGAAACUGCUGGCGUUGAAGGAGAAGAUGACGGAGGCGGGCAAGACGGAGGAUAAGGUCGCAUUGCAGCGCGUUAUACUCCAACAACGGAAUAUAUACAGGCAGGCGGGAGUCAGCCUGCCUGCGAUGCUUGCGCUGCCGUUCGCGCAGAUCCCGGUCACGCUGGGCAUGUUCUUUGGGAUUAGGAGGUUGAUGGAGUCCAACUUGCCGCAGGUGCACGCGUCGGGGAUCGCGGAUAUCAUUCCUGCGUGGGCGGAUUUGAGCGUGCCGGAUCCGUACUAUAUGAUUCCGGUCGCGAGUACGGUGUUGAUGAACGUGGCUAUCAUGGCGUUCUCGAAGGACCAAGCUGCGACGUCUGACCGUAAAACCGUCGGAUUGACCAUGCUCUUCUUCCGCGGCAUGUCUAUCAUCUUCCUUCCCGUGUCGAUGACCCUCUCCCUCGGUCUGAACGUCUCAAUCAUCACCGGUUCGAUCCUCCUCGCCGCACAAACAUACAUCCUCCGCAAACCCGCCGUCCGCCGCGCACUAUCAAUCCCCCCUCUACCAAAGCGGAACAAGCAUCAAACGACGCCGACGUUCAAGGAGUCGAUCGGGUUCGCGAAGGAGUGGUUCAUCAACAAGAAGGAAGAGGCGGAGAGGAAGGCGCUCAGGCAGUCGAACGUCAAGAAGUGGUAG